CGGACGCUCGGAGACUCUGCAGUUGAACAAGUCAUCACCAUCCAUUCGCCUGUAAAAACCUGCGUCUCAGUUGGACACAAGGUGCAAUGGCUGACGCCGCGAUAUCAUUUGCAAAAGACUUUCUAGCCGGCGGAGUUGCGGCUGCCAUUUCUAAAACCGCCGUCGCGCCAAUCGAGAGAGUGAAACUGCUCCUGCAGGUACAACAUGCCAGCAAGCAAAUCACCGCUGACAAACAGUACAAAGGAAUUAUUGACUGUGUCGUGAGGAUUCCCAAAGAGCAAGGCUUUGCCUCCUUCUGGCGUGGCAAUCUAGCCAAUGUCAUCCGUUACUUCCCCACCCAAGCCCUCAACUUUGCCUUUAAGGACAAGUAUAAGAUGAUCUUCUUGGGUGAUGUUGACAAGCACACUCAAUUCUGGCGCUAUUUUGCUGGAAACCUUGCAUCUGGAGGUGCAGCAGGAGCAACGUCUCUUUGUUUUGUUUAUCCCCUCGACUUUGCCCGUACCCGUUUAGCAGCUGAUGUUGGAAAAGCCUCCUCCUCCUCCAGAGAAUUCAAUGGCCUGGCUGACUGCCUGACUAAGAUCUAUAGGUCUGAUGGAUUGCGAGGCAUGUAUCAGGGCUUUAAUGUGUCUGUUCAGGGCAUCAUCAUCUACAGGGCAGCUUAUUUUGGGGUCUAUGACACAGCCAAAGGCAUGCUUCCUGACCCUAAGAACACCCACAUAAUGAUUAGCUGGAUGAUUGCACAGAGCGUUACAGCAGUGGCUGGUGUGGUCUCUUACCCUUUUGACACCGUGAGGCGUCGCAUGAUGAUGCAGUCUGGACGCAAAGGAGUUGACAUUAUGUACACUGGGACGCUUGACUGCUGGAGGAAGAUUGCACGCGAUGAAGGCCCCAAAGCAUUCUUCAAAGGAGCUUUGUCUAAUGUUCUCAGAGGCAUGGGAGGUGCUUUUGUGCUUGUGCUCUAUGAUGAAUUCAAGAAAUUUGUUUAAUUAUGCCUAGCAAGUAGUACGAAUAAUUUAAAAAAAGUCAUAUAAUAGAUCUAAUUGCUAAAGUUUGUCAUGCUUUCCCCAAAUAUUGUUCUCUCUGCAGUGUGUAGCUACUGUAUGUAAAAGGCCAGCAUAAACCUGUGUAGCAUUUAUUUAUAUACUAUGUGAAUUAGUUUAUAUUAGUAUGUAGUAGAGUUGGAAAUGUUAUUGUUUUCUUGUUUAUGAACAUUUGUCACAGCUUGAUUAAAAACAAGACUAUGAUCAUGUAUUAGGUUUUGACAGUAUUUGUCAAUGGACCAGGCUCUAAUGUAUGGCUAGUAUAUAGUAACAGUUUAUCUUCAUUCCAUAAAAAAGUGGGAAGAAUUGCAACAUGCUACUUAAGGUCUGUAAUAACAAAAAUAUAUAAGCAGAUAAAGGAUCAGAUACCACAGAAUUAAAAUUUGAGCCAUGAAUUUUCUUUUCAUUUCUGCCCAAACUUGUAUAAGCAUAGGCUUGGCUGGACCAGAGAUGUAUUCAACAUGAUGCUUUAAUUCCCCUCUUUGCGAACUGGGGAGUGAUCAGCACAAUAAACGACUCAGACUUUAUUACUACAAAGCCAGAAAAAUGGCCUUCACAUUCAGAGCCUGGGUGACAUGAUAAGCAGCUUUUUUUUGUGGAACCCUGCUAAAAGUAUUUUCCUUCUCAAGCAAUAAGGGAAGUCAUGGAUAUUUUCAUGGUGAUUUUCUUGUCAGUAUGUGAAGUUAUGUUAGACUGAUCUCGAUUAAUAAGGUCCCAUUAUCAGGAAUGUGUAUGUCCACAAAGUACAGUGAAAUGAGACAUUGCCCAUCAUGUGAAAUAUAUUAUAAUCAGACAUUGAGAAACCACACUGCAGAAAUGUUAUUGUUGACUAAACAGCAGGAAUGCUUGUAAACACAAUAAAAGAAAAUACCUCA